AUGGUGGUUACUAGGUCUGCGCGGCUCAAGGCCGGGACCCAAGCCAUGUAAGUUGAAAGCUCGCGGAAGAAGAAUUCUGUCACAAGACUUCAGGUGCACCCAAAAGGCAGGAAGGGGUCCUCACCUGAUAACCCAAAUACUGCUGAAUCACAGACCACUCCAGAACGAAGUCCAGCUCCUAAAACCAGGAAGAGUGGAACUACAGGCUCAUUACCAGAAAUGAACAAACCUUCAACAGAUGGCGAGAUCUCUGAAGCAGAGUCAAAUUGUUCUUCCGUGUCUGAGGUCCAGGAUCCUAUUUUCAGAGUAACUAGGAUAAGACAGAUCUUAGUUGCAGGCACCACAGUUUCUAGUGUAAGGAAAAGGCUGAAAAUAACUCGGGUAAGUGAGUCUCAUACUGAAGAAGUCUCUGAAGCAGAAUCACAUGUUUCCAGUAUUUCUAGAAUUAUGCCUGGCACAGAAAUAACAACCAGAAGAAGUAAGGCUAAAUCCCAAAGAGAACCAAAGCAAGAAUGCCAUGUGGAAGUUAUUUCUGAUGCUGAGUCAUCAUGCUCAGAUGUUUCUUCAUUUUCUGGAAUUGCAACUAGGAGAACAACAAGGAGUAUGCAGAGGAAAUUACAGGCACAAACUGAGGAGACUAAGAUUGUACUAGAAAAUGAGAAGGAAAUCAUACAUACACCUGUGGACUUAGAGGAUUCAGUUAACAGACGAACUUCUCGUUUACUAGCAAGAUCACUUUCUCAGAUAAAUAAGCCAAAUUUCUCUAAUAAUGAAAUUUAUAAUGACCCUGAUGCAGCAGUGAAAAAAGCCCAAAAUACCAUAAGAGAGGAAGAGCAGGACAGUAUUCCACCUCUCAAAGAAGUGUCCAAGCAGAAUUGUAAAAGUUUAGAUGAAGAAGCCAAAAAAAUAAUAGUUGGGGGAAAAGAAGGUAAUGAGAAGAACUCUCAGUUGAAUAAUCUUCCUGAACUUUGGGACACUGGCCUUCCGCAGUUAGUUUCUCAAAGACAUUCAACCCCUGAAAGUAACAAAACCACAUCAGAGUCCUCAACUCUGAACUGUGAGGCUGCGAUGAAAUCGUUAGCUCACACAUUUGCCAUUGUGGAAAUGGACAGAUGGAAUGAAGAGAGAAAGAAUGCCAUAAAGACAAGUGACUGUUCAGAACCUGGUGAUGGUAGUGAUAGUGAUGGAGAAGAGUGCACAGUGAUAGGUGUCAGUGAAGACAGGAGCGAAGAAGAGGAGGUAGAUUCUGAGAAGGACACCAAGCCAAGUAAAAUUGCGUUCAACACAACUCAGGAUAAAGAUGAUUCUGUUUUGUUAGUUCUCAGCAGUGAUGAAAGCCAGCAGUCUGGACACAGUGAGAAUGAAGAGGACACUGUGUGUUUUGUUGAAAAUAAGGGUAACAAAGAGUCCCUAAAGGGAGACUCAGAAAGUCUGUCACGUGACAAUGCAUUGUUUGUGAUUGACACUACUCCCGGAUUGAGUGCUGAUAAAGAUUUUUACUUGGAUGAAGAAGACAAGGCAAGUGAGGUUGCCACUGAGAAGGAGGAGGAGGAAGAAGAGGAAGAAAGUGAAGAACUAUCAGACCAUGACAGAAAUAAAGAUAAUGAGUUUAGUGAUGAAAACACCUUACUAAGUAGCACAAAAUCUAAACUUCUGAAGUUGACGAGGAGCAGCAUAGAUCCUGGACUGAAUAUUAAGGAGCUGGGUGGUUUGUAUAUUAAUUUCAAUGCAGACAGGCUACAGUUGAACAAGAGAACCCUAACAUAGGUAAAAGAGAGAAGGAAAGAUGAGCUUCUGCAGAAAACUGUCAUUACUCCUGAAUUUGAAAAAAACUACUGUGUCCCACCGUAUAGUGAAUCAAAAUAUACACUUCAGAAAAAAUGCAGCGAGCGACAAAAAACAGCAGGUGAUGGAUGGUUUGGUAUGAAAGCGCCAGAACUGACAGACGAACUGAAAAAUGAUCUCAAAGCACUGAAGAUGAGAGCCAGCAUGGACCCAAAAAGGUCUUACAAGAGAAAUGAUAGAGAUGGCUUCCCUAAGCACUUCCAGAUUGGAACCAUUGUGGAUAAUCCUGCUGACUUCUACCAUUCACGAGUUCCCAAGAAACAAAGGAAGAUAACUACUGUGGAGGAACUGCUGGCUGAUUCUGAGUUCAGAAGAUACAACUGAAGGAUGUACUCAGAGAUAAUGGCUGAAAAGGCAGCAAAUGAAGCAGGAAAGAAGUUUCGAAAGAAGAAGUUCCAUAACUAAGAUUCACCAGGCAAAUCACAAAAUUGAUACUGCAGUCUUUUUUUUUUUUUUUUGGCUGCACUGCAAAUUAUACAGAAUCUUAGUUGCUGGACCAGGUUUUGAACCUGCACCCUCUGCAGUGGGAGCAUGGAGUCUUCACCAUUGGACCACCAGGGAAGUCCCUUUAGGUAUUUUUUAAAGUCACAUAAAUAACUUGGAACAAAGUAGAGAGUUAUUAACAAAUGUAAAAUACCUUAUUCAGUGAAAUACUGAAAUAAACUGAAAUACUUAAACU